UUUAUUAAUGAAAAAGUCGUAAUCCUUUUUUUUCUUUCCUUCCUUCAUUCCUUCGUGCAGCUGUGUCAGGAGGAACCGGAGGAGGAGGAGGGAUGGUCGCGGGGUCGGGGGCAGGGGCGGGCUACCCCGUGGGCAGUCAGAUGUACUUCCCGUCCGGCCCGGCCCAGGUCUCGCACUACGGUCCUGGACGUAUGUACCUGCCGGCCGGCGCGGGUCACAGGGGUCAACACCCAGCCCGGAUCUACUACCCCGCCCAGCACUCCAUACCCAUGCCCGCUCCAGGCGGUGCCCCGCCCCCUCCACCCCCCGGGGGCCCCGCCCAACUCAUCAACAUGGGACACAGGUCCGCCCCCAUGACUCCCAUAGCCUCUGGCACGCCUGUCAAAGGCGGAGCUCCGCCCACCGGCUAUUACGACGGCUCCUUCAUGAUGGCUCCGCCCAGCCCCAUACGAGGAUUACAUCUCGGAACUCCAGGAGAAAUUGAAGAAACUCAAAGUGAGACUUGCCAAAGAAAAGGUGAUAUCAAAGAAAGAUAUUGAGUUCAAGGACGUUGAUGGAAAGGUCAAAUCUGCGUCUCAAAGCCUGCAGAGACUACAGACAGACGUGUCAGUACACAGCCAGAGAGAGAAGGAGAUGGUGGAGGCUCUCAGGGACAGUGAGGAUGUGUUAGCUAAACGACGUGGGGAGAUACAGAGGAUGAGAGACCAG